AUGCAAACUGCAGACUUGAAUGUGGUAAAAGUUUGAGAUGAGAAAGAUAACAAUCACACAAACGCCUUUAUAAAUGGUCGACAUGAAACCCCCAAAGGAGACAAGUCAAUUGUCUUGCUGGCAUCAUGCAUGCUCUGCACCAGUUUCUGCUUCUUCACAUUCUGAUAUGUGUCGGACAAAACGCACAUGGAAGUGAAAUCAUACACGGGAAAAAAGUCCCGGAGCAUUCAAUGCUGUACAUGGUCUCGGUGCAGAACUCCCACAAACAUCAUGUGUGCGGAGGAUUCCUUAUCAGUGAAAACUUUGUGCUCACUGCUGCGCAUUGUGAUGUCCCGAAUCCAAGUGUGGUUAUCAGCACCCACAGUCUCAAAACAGCUGAUGAGUCAAUGAGGUACAGUGUAACCAAAUUCAAGCAUCCAUUUUAUGACGGUGUCGGAUAUGGGAAUGACAUCAUGCUCUUCAAACUGUCUAGUAACGUUGGACUGAACAACAGAGUUCAAACAAUACCCCUUCCCACACAUGAAGGAAACACAAACGAAAACGAAGAGUGCAGUGUAGCUGGAUGGGGUUAUACUGAACCUGGUGAAUCUGAGCGGAGAAUGGCUGAUGAGCUGAGAGUGGUGAACGUGUCCAUCAUUAAGGACACCGUCUGUAAGGAGGCAUGGAACGGUCUUCCUGCCAAUGUUAUCUGUGCAGGUGGAUAUCGCACAGACAAAGGAUUCUGUCAGGGUGAUUCUGGUGGUCCUCUGGUGUGCAACGGGGUAGCGGUUGGUAUUGUGUCUUUCAAUCACGAGAAAAACUGUAAUUACCCACAUUAUCCCAACGUCUACACGGACAUAUCAAGAUACCUUGGCUGGAUCAAUGAAAUUCUCAAGAAAAACAAAUAGUUAAAUGCAACAGUUCAGCGUGCUUCUGUUGUUAUGCAUUGUACUGCUCAUUGGCUUUAGACCAGCAUUCCACUUCCUGUUGCUGCCUUUUAAUCAUGUCUUAAAACUCUAUUUCAGUUGCUUUCUUUGUUAUUAUGAGCUGGCUUUUUUUUAUUGAUCCAAAGCAUCCUUGACAUUAUGACUGAACACUUUUAAUAAAGUUUUGCUUUAGCAUACAUUUCUUGUGCUCUGGAGGUUUUGUGAUGUCUCAGAUAACUCUGUCCGUACGACAAUAAUUCAUAAUAAAGGUUUGUUU